UGUGUUCUGUUUGCAGAGAACAAGUAUUUCAAGAAACGUUGCCCUCAGGUACUGGGGAUCAAACGCAUCUACAUCCAGACAAAACAAGAGAAAAGGCUUAGCUUCACAAUCGGUGGACGUGCUUAUCUUUUCCCAAAGACAUCAAUUGUUAUCAAGUGUCCUGUACGCUAUUUUCCCAAAGCCCAGAUUCGCUGGGAGAAAGAUGGUGUGGACCUUCAAAACUCCAAACAUCUGAUUAUCACAAAAUCUGGAGCCUUAAGGAUCUACAGCCUGGAGGUUGGAGACAUUGGGCAGUAUCGCUGCUGGGCUAACCAAGAUUCAGACAUCUUCAUUCUAAAGCUGAUAGGCCAUGAUAACAGGCUGCUAGAACAUCCUGAGGGUAAGAAAUUGGUAAAGCAGAAAAUCAGCAGCAGCUCCAGAACUUUCUCUAACAAGGAGAGAGGUUUUGUUAGUUCCAAGUGCCAGGACCAGGACAAGGAGGAGUUUCCUCUGACUAAGAAGGUUCAGAAACAUGGUCAAAGCUGGUUGCAAAAGAAUGAGCUAUAUCUGGAUGAGGACCAAACGAAGGAGGCUGGGGAUCCCAUGGAUUUAGGUAACUAUCUUCUAGCAUCUACUUCUACUAGUGACUCUGUAAUUUCAGCAGCGUCUGGAGCCUUCACCCUGGAGCCAGCUGAGUUUGAGGAACUGGUCAGAAACAUCAGCCAGCUUGCAGAAAGUGGAGAUUUGACAGAUGAUCUUGCCUCUCAGCUUAUUGGCAAGCUGAUGGAGGAGAUAGCAGCAUCCCAGACCGCAACAGAUGAGGAGACAGUCCAAGCGGAACGCAAACAUCUAAACAGAACCCCUAACUCUUCUGAACACUCUGGAGGGAAGAGUUUGAAGAGCAGAGCAGUUAUCGUUCGUCAUACCCCACAUGGUUCUGCCAUGAGCUUUCAGAGAGAUCUCAAUAUCAAUGUGGGAAGGCCUGCCUACAUAACCAAUGCCACUCGAAGCCUGACACUUCACUGUUCAGCUCAGGGUAUCCCAACACCUACCGUGUCCUGGACCAAAGAUGGACUACCACUGCAAGCCAGCACUGGAGGACUGCACAUCGCGAGCCCUGGCGCUAAAGACGUUGGAAUCUACAGGUGCACAGCAAGCAACGAAAUGGGAUCUGAUUCAGAAACAACGCAGGUGCUAUUGGCUGAGCACCCUGCCAUCAUGACUUCUUGGAAGAACAUAUCUGACCUGCAGAGUGCCAAUCUGAAAGUGGUAGUAGGAGGCAGAAUAAGAACCCAUAUAGGUUCCAAUCUCACUCUGGACUGUCCAGUUACAGGUGUUCCUCAGCCGAAUGUAAGCUGGUACCGUUUAGAGGGCAAGCUGAGUGCCAACAUCAUUUCACUCCCAAAUGGCUCUCUGCUACUUCACAAUCUCAUGCCGCAAGACGACGGCACCUACAGCUGCAUAGCCUCCAAUCCCAUCGGCAAAGCUUCAGCCUCUAGCAGGAUCCACAUGGCUGAUGUCAAAGGGGCAGCAUCUAAUGAGAAAAGCUCCUUGUUGAAGGAUGUAAACAGGAAACGAGUCGUGAUGGCUUCCCGCGCUGGAACAGUCAUCACAGUCAGACCUGGGGACAUCCUUAGGAUCGGUUGUCCAGUAGUCCCAAGUCAUAGGAAACCCAUCAAAUGGUCAUAUGAGAAUCAAACCCUGAAGCAGACGCCAGACCUAAACUACCGCUCACUUGCUGCAGGUCGCAUUCUUGAAGUACACAUUCUGAGCAGCAGUUUUGAAGGACGCUUUGCAUGCCAAACCCACACCAACAAUCAGAUGAUCUCUGCCUGGAUUCACUUUCUCUCACAAGAAUUUGAGUGGCAUUUGGCUGACUGGAGUGUGUGCACUGCUAGUUGCGGAAAUAAAGGAUCUCAGAGCAGGAAGGUUCACUGCAUAAGUGGCAGCGGGCAUGAGAUGCCCCCAUCAUCCUGCCAACAUCUUCCUAAACCUUUCUCCCUUACACGGCCGUGUAACCUCCACGACUGUCCUCCCAGCUGGGGGUCCACCGUGUGGUCCAAAUGCUCCACGUCAUGUGGUCGCAGUUUCCGGCAGAGGAGGGUGUCAUGCCAGCGUCUGGAGGCCAGCGGGAGCAUUCGAGUUUUGGCUGAUGCAGCGUGUGAAGGAAUGUCACGCCCUGAACACAGAGAGCCGUGUGUUUCAGGAGCUUGUGCUGAGUGGAUCAGCGGACCCUGGGGACAGUGCUUGGGCCGCUGUCUCGGUCCAGCUGUAGCGACUCAGAGAAGAACAGUAAUGUGCAAGAAACUGAACGGGUCAGACCCCAACAUGGCCUGUGACCCCAGAGAAAGACCGGCCUCGGUAAGGAACUGCACAUCAGAAAUGUGCGAUGUUCACUGGAGGGUGUCACCAUGGCGAAUGUGCACUGUGACCUGUGGAAGUGGCUUCCAGUCACGCAGGGUCGAAUGUGUACAUCGCCAUAACAACAAGACCCUCCCUGACCUCUACUGCGCCUGGCAGCGUCGUCCUGUCACCUGGCAACACUGCAACAUCACUUCCUGUGGCAAUGAGUGUAAGGACACAACACAUUACUGCGCAGUGGUGAAACGCCUCAGCUUGUGUCCUAUUGAACUGUAUACACAGAGAUGCUGCAAGUCCUGCUCAGAAGACUCGGGCACUAUCUAGUGCUUGCCGAUGGAACAUCUCAAGCUUUUACAGCACAUUGACUCCUGAACACUGCUCUUCUUUCCAAUCCAAGCACAUGUGGAACAAAUCUGAAGUGGAAGAACUCCAGGGCUUUGCUGCAUAAAUGUGGAGAGUGCCGUUUUUGGGACAUGGCCGAGUUUAAGUGGAUGCUGUAUAAAAUUUGGUCUAAAGGGCCUUUAUCUACGCUGAAAUGAGUUCUGGAUGUGCAUUGGAAAUUCGAGACCGACAGAGAAAAAACACGGCACUAAUUCAGCUCUCUCCUGUCAUCAUUAUAUAAAGUUCAUUAUUGGCAUCAUGUGUGGAAUAAUUUAUACAAAUGUGUUUUGCUCUAUAUUUAAUCAUCAGGAUGAGAAGCAGAGAAUAUUGGACCAUUCACACGUGUGAAGGGAGGCUAAAAUAGGUACCGCUGAAGUGUACAUAGGGUACUUACAAUAGAUGAAAAUCUGAAAGUAUUUUAAGGGCAAAAGUUUAUCUAAAUAUUGACUUCAUCACACAUAUAUAAGCAGUGAAUAACAUGCUUAUAGUAUGAUGUUUGAGUAUAUAAGAACAGCAGCAGUUUGUGACAUUUUUCCCAUGUAAUCGAUUAUCCACAGAGAACCGAAGUCCAAGAAGGUAUGCAUAGUAAAGGUAUGUAGUUACAAACAAGGAAUGAAGGAUAAGAAGUGAUCCAUUUUCUCAUAUUAAACAAACAAAGUGUUUUAUAUCAUCAAAACUAAUCAUCAACCCCUUUCUAAGAGUAGCUGCACAAAAUAGCCAGCCUCUACUUAUUACUUAAUUGAACUUAUUACUAAAUUCUUAAUUGAAACAGUUAAAAAGAAGAUAGGUCUAAUGCCGACAUCAAAAAUCUCGAAAAUACUCAAAACAGACUUCUAGUAUUCAUAGGAGAGUCUGUUUCAGUUCAUGAAUAAACAUAGUCUGAAUUUAGAUUUGCAAUUUGAACAUUGUUUGGCUUUGGAUUUUGUAAAUAAAUCUUUUGCACAUGGACCCUGGUUACACACAGGAUCCACCACAUUCCUUUCCCUGUAGCCCAUCAUCAAACAUGUCUCAUUUACUCACCCCAAACUGCUUCUUUAAUCAUUUUUAAAGAUAAAGAUUUGAAAGAUAUGUGUCAUUACUGUCAGAACUCUCCAGCUGAAAACCGAUGCAUGGAAGUGCUGACAGCCUAUCAGACGUCAACCAUUAAGAUUCGGAAGCUUGUGGCUAGUAAAGAGUACAAAAUAUCAACACACUGUGUCGAAACUGAGACAAUGUCAUAUUGUCAUAUGCCUUAUUUUUCCCACAUGUACCAUGAUCACGACAAUGGGGCCGUGUAACGUGUGAAAACUGACAUUAGCUGCUGUUCAUAGAUAUUCAUGUCUUAUUCUAAAAACACUAUUUCUUGCUUAUGUAUGCGUUAUGAAGACAUUAUGUAUCAUUAAUGUACAAAGGAGUGAAAUGUCUAAGUCAUAAGACCACACUUGAGUCUCCAGUUGCUACUCCUUUUAAAUGUACUUGUGUUUGUGUGUUUGUGUGUGUGUGUGUGUGUGUGUGUGUGCGUGUGUGCGCGUCUGUUCAACCAGUGUGCUGCAUUGUAAAUUCUUGUACAUAAUGUGUUUUUUUUAAGUGCAAUAUUGUACAUUGAGUGUAGAGAUUCUGGACUUAUUUUCUUACUUGCUAGUGUAGUUUACAUUGUAAUCCAUAUUUAAGACUACAGAAAACCUUAUCAAUUAUUCACAUAGAUAAUCCAUGAGUUGACUACCAUGGCCUUCUGUAUUUAAAAGCAUGCGACUUAAUUACAGUUUGAAAUGUUUGAAUAGAUACACAAACCAUGUGCUGACAUAAUUACAGAUAUACAACAAUAGAUGGCUACUGACGUGUAAAAACAUUCAUUGUGUUUGGGAUGGUGAGAGUUUUGAUUGGGGACUGUCUGGAAUUCCUCAUCACUUCUCUGUGUUAUAUAGUAUAAAGGAAAUAAAUACACUUUUGAGAAAGAGUUUAUUUUUCAUUUUGAUCAUCGCUUGAGUACAAUUUUGGCACAUAAAUAUUUUUUUUCACAUUUAGACUUUUAGUACAUUCCAUACAAUGCCACAAGUGGGAGAGAAACAUAAGCUGGAAUUUAUCAGAAUAUAUUGUAAAGUAUUGUUAUAUUUGUUGUGUGUGCAGCCUAUAUGUUGAUGUACCAUUUGUUGUAAGAAUAGAUUAGGCAUGAAUGAAAUGUACACAAUUUCUUUAGUUUUGCACUUAGCUAACAAGUAAAGGAAGCUCACAGCUAGUAGUUUAGCAUUGUACAAUGUGCAUAUCGAAAUCAUGAUACACCUCCAACGACAGCAUGUUGAUCUGUUGUCAUAAGGCGGAGACAGAUGGAUGUAAGUGCGAGCUGUUUAUUAGCUAUGCAACUCUGCAGACAAACCCAUGGUCCAAAACAGAUACUGCAGACGCCGAACUUCAGGCAAACCAGGAAUCUCGACCAAAGAAAACACCCCACUGAAUUGUACAGUGAAAUAACAAAACCUCGCAGAAAAGUAAGUUCAACUAGACUUUAGAUUUUGGGAAGAAAGUGCGAGUGGUGCUUGCCCAUGCAAAAUCCGACACUAAUAUGCAACUGAACAUGAGCUAUGUGUGUACAUGUUUGUUGAAGCAUAACUAAUUUGACAUAUAUUGGUAGUCGUAAUGAUUGUAUUUAACUCCAGGUUUUAAUAUAAUAGGCUUUAUGGCAGUCCAUUCAUAUGCACAUCACUAAAACACCCAUAAUGCAAUUCUUCUCAUGGAGCUGAGUGUUUUAACAUAUCACACGUCUACAGUAUGUUAUGGUAGUUUUGUGAUUCCACUAAUUUUGGGGGUUAAUGUGCAUGUGACGUUCACUUGACAUCACUAAAAUACCCAUAAAGCUAUUCUCCUCAGUCAGCCAAGCGUUUUGGUAUAGUAUAUGUCUACUGUAUGUACCAAUAGUUUUGUGGUUACAGUCAGUUUUGUUGUGAUGUGCACAUGACACCAUGCGACCCAUAAUGCAAUUUUGCACAUUGGAUGGAGGGUAUUGCCAUCCUCCAUAAUGCAAUUCUCCUCACUGAGCCGAUCAUUUUGAUGUAUGACAUGGCUAAUAAGUAGGUUAGUAAGAGUGAGCUAAUGUCUGGACUUGAUUGGGUUUUGAAUUUGUGCACAGAAGGCUGUUAAAAAUUGUCUUUGUUUAACCUUUUGAUCUUUUGUUAAAAAAAAUUUCACAAAAAUACUCUGCUCUCAUGGAUAUCAAACAAUUGCAAACAAAACACAGGUUUAUCAAAAAUAUCUUUGUUAUAUAUAGGUGUGGAACAAUUACUGGGACCCUUUUAGUCAAUACUUUGUGCUACCUCCCUUUACCAAGAUAACAGGUCUGAGUCUUCUCCUAUAAUGCCUGAUGAGG